AUGAGGGUCCCGAAAAGAGGACCAAAAAGAAAAAUUGCAAAAGAGGAAAAGUGCAGUGAAGAAGCAGAAGCCCAGAAGGCAAAGCCAUCCAGAAACACCCGAUCUGGAUGCAAGUCCCGCCGGGCCCCUGGGCUGGUAAUUUUGCGUUACGGGGGAUCUCCCGCGAAAAAUUUGGGCUGCCGCGUUGAUACGGGACGGCGUCCCGACUUACGAGAAGAUUACGACCCGACAGCAUUACACUCUGCAAUAUUCUCAAUCUCAUCUCACACUGUCCUGUCAUUUUGGCCUACAGAAGAGAUCGGGUGGAUGGAUAACCUCGGCGGCGCUUACUGGAACCAUCUCAGCGCAGUUUGCCUUUUGCAUGGUUUCAUCACUGGCUUGAUCGACGCAUCUGGCAAGGUAGUAGGAAGUUAA